UGUACCAGGAAGAGAAUAUAAUGUCUCAAUCACCAGCGUCAGUGGCGCUGACAGUUAUCUGGCAACCAGCCUGGUUGUCACUGAAGCCAAACGAAUAUCUCCGGCGGCUCCAACAGCUGUAAAGGUCAUUGCAGUGACAUCAUCUUCGAUCGCCCUAUCAUGGGAUGCUGCUGAGGGAGAUGCAGAUGGUUACGGAGUAACCGCCAUUACCGAGUGUCAAGGUUCUGCAAACGUGACUUUGUCCGUCGAGGGAGUAAUGGUUGAGGUUACAGGUCUGGACUCAGGCUGCGAGUACGAGCUGACAGUCCUAACUCUUUCGGGAGAGAAGAAAAGGCAGGCAGUUUCUCUGAAACAAACGACAUGGCCAGAAAGUCCACAAAAUUUUAGAGUAUCACUUAUCGCAGAGUACUCGCUCACCGUGGUGUGGGAUCCCCCUUCUAGUGGACUUUUUUCCCAGUACAUAGUCAGCAUUAUGCCAGAACAUGGAACCAACCCUGAAGUCUCGCUAACCCCUUUGGAUGAGAGAACGGUCACUUUUGAAAUCCUGCACACAAACACUCAGUAUAAUGUCACUUUGCGUGUGUUGUCGGGUACUCAAGAUGGGAAUCCCUUGACUAUCUCAGCAACAACAAAGAUGUACUACCAUUUUCCCAUGGAUGAAAGAGUGGCUGGUGGCAUAGCUGGACGUUACGUACAUGCACCACUGACUGUAUUCGGUGAUGUCAACCUUGUCAAGGGUUGGGAGAACAGUGCUGCGAGUUUCCGCAUCGGUCAAGGGAGGAUGGAAUCAGAACGUGGAAGCACCAUGAGCCAGUGUAUAGCAAGCGAAACAUUCUGUGACUCCGGGUAUUCGACCUAUUUCUGGUUCAACCCCGGGAAGACUUCUUCAUUUUCAACCGUACCAGGCGACGGCAUUGACCUCCUUGGUAUCGGACUUGAUAACAAUGCGGCACAUCCAGGAUUUCUCUUCACUACCCCAAGUGCCAGCAGAAAAACUUUUCGACUUCAGAUGACUGUUGACCAUACAAUGUAUCAGGCAUUCGUAACCCUACCGGACGACUGGUGGUCUCACAUUUCCUUUGGGCGUACAGGGAACGGAAAGGCAGUGAUAGGUGUCAACGGGAUCGAAGUGGCUGAUGUCACCAGUACAUCCGUAGGAGAGGUCAACGUGGAAACGGAUAGUUGGCUGUUCAUUGGUCCAACUGGAGAACAACCCAUCUCUAGUACAGUAGGAUUCGACCAGAUUAUAUUUUACGAGAGAUGGAUUCCUCCCGAACAUCUACUUUCUGAAAUAGAACACAAGUUACAGAUAGAGAAGCCAAACGAAUCUCACCAGAAUGGUGAUCUAACCUGUCGAGCGAUUGGGAACGUCACAACAACUACAGCUGGUCAACAUAUGCUGGGGACUACAGGAUAUUUGAACUGUGGAAAUAAGUAUAUGUCAUGCGUCGGCAGCACUGUUUACUGUGCCCGUGGAUUCAGCCUUGCGUUCUGGCUCAAGGUACAAUGUGAUGGCGAUGCCAGCAGUAGAACGAUCAUCAGUAAUAUGGGCCAGUGGUCCCCGGUAACCAGCAGGGGAGUCCGACUUGUGUACCAGCCUGGCAGGCAGGAGUUGGUCCUCACUAUGGCGAGCAGGGAAGGAAACGUGUACGAGGCAAAGGCAAACAUAACACUUGGAACAUGGACUGAGAUUCGGGUUGUUGGAUCAGACGAAGGGGCGACACUCAUAGUAGGAAGCAUCGAGGCUGCUGGGGUGGAAAUUGCGUCUUUUGGUCAACUGACUUAUGACAUGGAAACGACAUUGAUGAUAGGAAGAGAUGAAAGAGAAUGUCCAGUAUCAGACUACGUCAGUUUUAACGGAAUUUGCUACAAGCACUUUGCUGAGGAGAAGACGUACGCCGAGGCUCGACAGACGUGCGCUUCAGACGGCGGGCUGUUGGCCAUGCCAAAGGACAGUGCUACCAACGCGUUUAUCUUCGAUCUCGGAGGUGAAAAUCACUGGCUGGGAUUAACUGACGUUGACAGCGAAGGCCAGUGGGUAUUUGAGGACGGCCAAACCCUAGCGUCAUCCGGCUAUACCAACUGGAAAGUCAAUCAGCCGAGUAAUGAUUUGGGGGCAGAGCACUGUGCUCAAUUUAUCCCACCUUCGGAUGAGUGGAAUGAUGUACCAUGCGAUCGCACUUACGGAUUUGUAUGCCAGAUCUCAGGAUGUCAGAAUGAUUACUCAUACCUUUCGCAUACUGGCCGGUGUUACCGUGCCUACGACACAGAGAAGACCUUCGAUGAGGCUUUGGCGACCUGUGAAGCAGAAGCAGGCACUCUUGCCUUACCUCGGGACGACAUCACCAAUGACUUCCUCGUCGCUUUGAAAAAUGCAGUGAACGUGGAUAUGGGGUUCUAUUUUGGACUGGACCGUAGGGGUGGAGCGUGGACUUACGUAGAUGGAGGAGCGCUGGGUUACACCAACUGGGGCGCCGGAGAACCUAACGUUGGAAGCGAGGAAUGUGGGGGUUUCUUUCCGGCAACAUUCAGUACAACCCAUCUUAGGGAUAAGUGGAACGACGCGCCCUGUUCGGAUAAACAUGGUUUCAUCUGUGAAUCAGUGAAGGGAGCUGAACUAGUAGGCUUGUGGCCAUUAAACGUGGAGUCUGGCGCAUCAGACGUAACAGGAAAUGGAAAUGACGCCGUAGCAAGAGGAACCCUGUUAGCACCAGGCCCGUUUGGAGACACCGAUGGAGCGUUCCUGUUUUCAGGGACUGUGGGUUCCUACCUCGACAUUCCCAACAAUGGCAGGCUGGAUGUGCGCUACUCCCACACCGUACUGGCGCACAUAUAUCCUACUGGUGCGGCCGGGCCGAUCUUCUCCUAUAUCACAAACGGCAAUGAUUGGGGAGUCCAUUUUUUUCAGACAGGACCACAGGAACUGACCCAUCGGGUUGUUGGAAGGAACCGCAACAAUGAUUCCCCCUUCCUUAUUGUGAAUGUGCUGAAUCAGAAUACUUGGAAUUACGUGGGCGGAUCCUACAACAGUGUCACGGGAAUGGCAUCCGUCUGGAACAACGCUCAGCUAGUCAAUGAAAUAUAUGCUGGAGUUGCAGAAGUCAAAACUCAGUACCCGAUCCGCGUGGCGAUGAAGGACGGAGAUGGGCGGAUCUUCGCGGGUCGAAUCGCCUGUCUACAGCUGUACAACUAUGCCAUGACUCCAGGACAGAUUGAAGCAGCACGGUAUAAGUGUAAGACAAGCGUUGUUCCCAGAAGAGUCGGUUUCUGGCCGUUGAAUGCAGAACAUCUCGCCGAUGACAUCAGUGGAGGAGGCAACCACGGCGUGGCUGUAGGAACAACUUUGACAGAGGGACCUGAUGGCGAAGCUCAAUCAGCAUUCAACUUUGCUGGAAAUAGUCAAUCCUACAUAGAAAUUCCCAACAAUGGAGAGUUGGAUGUAAAAAGAUCCUUCACUGUACUGCUGUUCGCCUACCACCUUGGAGGUAGUUCCAUGUUGGACUAUAGAAGCCCUGGGCGAGGGACACAUAUUUGGAUCUGGCCGGACCGCCAACUUUUCACCGAUAUUCAGGCCGCAUCCAACCGCGCCUUUCAAUCGACAAGUAACUUGCCUCAAGGGCAAUGGAUGUUUCUUGGGGUUACCUACGACUACGCAACAGGGCAGGUACAGCUUUGGAAAGAUGGUAUCAAUAUCGGCAGCACAAACUUUGGUCAACUGGAACACAGCACAGCGAAUCCCAUCAGGCUUGCAGACAGUCGUGCACACUCAGUACCUUUCAAUGGCAAGUAA